AUGAUUUUUCAUACUCCUUAUAGUUUUCUUGGUACCCCAAACCUUAACUUUGCUAGUUCGAAUGAGAUGGCUGAGGCCUUGAAAAGUUUAACGAAUUCAAUUGAUAAACUCAUGACCCAACUUCAAGAUCAACAAAGGUUGCUAUCUCGACCUCAAUCUGGAAAUUUUGCUCUAUCUACUAUAAUAUGUUUUACUUGUGUUAAUAAUCGACCGCCAGUAACUAAUAAUAAUCAAGGUGUUAAUAAUAAUAACCCUACGCUUAAUAGAAAUGAUUCUCAAGAAGCUCUUCAAGCAUUAUUGGCAUUAAUGAAUAAUAAUCUAGGUGUUCUUAAUAAUGCAGGAAAUCAAGCUUUAUAUUUAGGGAUUCUUGAUGAUAAAUUGUUAUUUUUGCCAGCCGAUAGACCAAUUU